AUGAGGGGAAGUCGUCCAGUGGAGCUCCCAGAGGACUUCUGGAUUCCCAUCCCUCUGGACACCAACAACAUCACAUCCUUCAGUCCAUACCUAGUUCCUCAGGACCACUUAGGGAGCCUUGGGAUAUUUUAUUCCAUGUCAGCAUUUAUGUUCUUCCUGUUUGUGACCGGUACAGGCAUUAAUAUCCUCACUAUCGCAUGUACUGUUCAAUAUAAGAAGCUCCGCUCUCAUCUGAACUACAUUCUGGUGAACUUGGCUGUGGCAAACCUCCUCGUCUCCUCUGUCGGCUCCUUCACCUGCUUCUACUGCUUUGCCUUCAGAUACAUGAUUCUUGGUCCACUGGGGUGCAAGAUUGAAGGAUUUACAGCAACUGUUGGUGGUAUGGUAAGCCUGUGGUCUCUGGCUGUGGUAGCAUUUGAGAGAUGGCUUGUCGUCUGCAAGCCACUCGGGAACUUCGCCUUCAAGCCUAACCAUGCUAUAGCUUGCUGCGCAAUGACUUGGGUGUUUGCUUUGAUGGCUGCAGUUCCUCCUCUGGUUGGAUGGAGUAGGUAUAUCCCAGAGGGCAUGCAGUGCUCCUGUGGACCAGACUGGUACACAACCAACAACAAGUUCAACAAUGAGUCCUAUGUGAUGUUCCUCUUCUGCUUCUGCUUUUCUGUCCCUUUCUUCACCAUCGUUUUCUGCUACUCACAGCUGCUUUUCAUGUUGAAAGCGGCAGCGAAGGCCCAAGCUGAAUCUGCCUCCACCCAGAAGGCAGAGCGGGAGGUGACCAGGAUGGUGGUCGUCAUGGUGCUGGGCUUCCUGGUGUGCUGGAUGCCUUACGCCUCCUUUGCUCUUUGGGUCAUCAACAAUCGGGGACAACCUUUCGACCUGAGACUGGCAACCAUUCCCUCCUGUCUGUCCAAAGCCUCCACAGUUUACAACCCCAUUAUCUACAUCCUCCUAAAUAAACAGUUCCGCUCGUGUAUACAGAAGAUGCUGGGGAUGAGUGGAGGCGACGAUGAGGAGUCAUCAACAAGUCAAUCCGUCACUGAAGUCUCCAAAGUCGGACCUGCUUAGGUUGUUCACGACUCAUUUUGGUGUCUGAUAUACAGUGGUGUAGUGGCAGCUGAUGAGGUGGGUAUACGGCUAGGUAGAUGGGUAUGU